GCUUGUGCAGUCUUCGCGGAGGUUAGCGCGACGGAUAGAAAAAGUUUUCCUCGGAGAAACGGCAACAUUCCCGGAUCUGGAAACCACCAUGUCUCUGCUCUGGAUGUUCCUUCGUUUUUCAUUCCAGUUCGUCGUUUUCCGGAUGUCAACGUGCUGUUUUAUUUUCUCCUUUUUGGUGCAAGAUUUGCUCAGCAACAGUUCGGAGUCUUUUCUCUCUCUCUCUCUUUUUAAUUGAUUAUUUUAUCAAAUCUGGGAUCCCCUUCCCCUCUUCUCCACUCGUCCUGCAAGGCACAUUAGAAGCAUGGAGACGCUGAGGUAACAAGGGUGAAGUGUCCGCUGCCGGCCGAGAGAAGUUGAGCUCCGCGCUCGAGUUCAACAGGGCCACUUCCUGAUGAUGACAGUAAACAUGGAUGACGGUCUCCAAAAUGGACCCCGACAGCCCAGGAACUUACAAGAUGAUGAAGAAGCACUCAAUUCCAUCAUGAAGGACCUCGCAGCCCUGGGUUGCUGUUACACUCAGCACAACAGCCACAAGCCCAAGAGCAGAACCUUGCUGUACAAGCAGGAUUUAAGAGUCAAGCUGGAGCAUGACAGAGAAAAACGGAUCAUUCCAUUCCAGAGGCCGCUGAAGUUCAAGGAGCUGCUCCAGAAAGUGACCGAGGCCUUUGGCCAGCAGAUGGACAUGUUCUUCAUGGAGAAAGAGAUGCUGCUGCCGCUCAAGAGCCAGGAGGAGCUGGACCAGGCUGUGUUUUCUCUCAGCUCCAGCACAGUGACCAACGGUCUGCUCAGAAUACUGCUGAAGACCCCCAAAAACAACCAUUACCCUCAGGUGAACAGCAGGGACAAGCAGAGUGAGAUGAGGUCAUCGCGGUCGCUCGGCGAUCUGAAAGGCUCGCUGCUGAAAGGCUCGGAGAGGGUGCGCAAACACUCCACAGGUUCCCUCCACACAGGUCGGACGUCGCCUCCCCCCGGGAGCGUCCCUGAGGAGCAGCAGCAGAUCGCCCGCCAGGGCUCCUAUACCAGCAUCCACAGCGAGGGGGAGUUCAUCCCUGAGAUGCAGGACCCCAAUAUGUUGGAUCCCUUUGGGAGUGCAGGCAAUUCGCUGUCAAGCAGCUGUCAAUCCAUCGACCAAGCUCUGGACAGCCCGCCUUUCUCGCAGAACAACCGCGACAAUAAUUACCUGAACCUCAGCUAUGAAUACAAAGGUCGCCACGGGAAAGGCGGAACUUUUCCUCGCCAGUUCCAAUUGCCCAAUCGGACCAAAGACUAUGGCGAUCGUCGCAGGACACUUCCGCGCAGCUUCAUGCCGCAGGAAAACCUGUUCCAUUUGGUUCCCUCCAGCCGCACGCGCAGCUACAAUGGUGACGGUAGUGGCGGCCUCCAAUAUGGAGAGCUAAGAACGCUGGGACGCAACGCAGACAAAAGCUGUCAGCGUGGCACGGCCAAGUCCCCGCGGGCGCCGGUCAACUGGCGGCAGGGGAAGCUGCUGGGGCGUGGUGCGUUUGGCGAGGUCUACUUGUGCUACGAUGCUGACACGGGCCGUGAGCUGGCUGCCAAGCAAGUGCCCUUCGACCCCGACUGUCAGGACACCAGCAAGGAAGUGAACGCUCUGGAGUGUGAGAUCCAGCUGCUGAAGAACCUGCGUCACGAGAGGAUCGUGCAGUACUACGGCUGCCUGCGGGACAUGGAGCAGAGGAAGCUCACUAUCUUUGUGGAGUUCAUGCCCGGGGGUUCGAUCAAGGACCAGCUGAAGGCCUACGGGGCUUUGACGGAGAAGGUGACGAGGCGAUACAGCCGCCAGAUCCUGCAGGGCGUCUCCUACCUGCACAGCAACAUGAUCGUCCACAGAGACAUCAAAGGUGCCAACAUCCUGAGGGACUCCUCCGGUAACGUAAAACUGGGAGACUUCGGGGCCAGCAAACGCAUCCAGACCAUCUGUAUGUCCGGCACGGGCAUCAAGUCUGUCACCGGCACUCCCUACUGGAUGAGCCCAGAAGUCAUCAACGGCGAGGGAUACGGACGCAAGGCCGACGUCUGGAGCGUGGCGUGCACCGUGGUGGAAAUGCUCACCCAGAAACCUCCGUGGGCCGAGUACGAGGCCAUGGCGGCCAUCUUCAAGAUCGCCACGCAGCCCACCAAGCCCGCAUUGCCAGAGGGCGUGUCUGACGCCUGCCGGGACUUCCUACGCCAGGUCUUCGUCGAGGAGAAGUGGCGGCCCACUGCCGACGUCCUACUCGGACACCCGUUCGUCCAAGGCGGCUUUGGCCCUAAAUGACUAGGCACCCCUCCCCUAACACCAACACCCCGCUAGAGUGAGCACUUAGCGGCAGAGAGCUUUGUGGGGCCACUUUGCUAGCUUAGCUUAGCAUCAGAGCAGCUGUGAUUGGCUGUGGUAGUACUGUAAACGCCACUAAUUAGCCUCCGUUAGCAGGCGAUACUUUUAUAUGACAAUGCAAAAAAAAAAAAAAAAAAAAAAAAAAAAAGUCAUCCUGUUUUUGGUCAUCGAAGCCUUACGAUAAGACUGGAGCCUGCGAAGUGACCUAAUCGGAGUCGUAACAGGAGAUACGGCAUUAUGUGUCCUUUUUCGCCGAAAUCCCAGAAAAGUGGGAUAUUGUGAUGCGCUUUCACACAGCCUAUUGUCGACACUGGUGGAAGUGGCAAAGUAAAUUGAUUAUGGUGCUGUCGCUGUAUCGUGAUACUGUAUAUAUCGCGAUAUUGGAUAUUGUCGGUAUCCCGAUCGUGCGAUAACCGAUAUAGUUGAAGAGAUUCACAACCUAUGAAAAAGUCAAUGUGACAUCAGACAGCAACAAUUUUUAUUCUUGGUUCAUAUCAAUAAUAUAUGGCCAGACAUAAUGAUGCGAUACGUCACUGUUUGCCUUUUACACACAGAAACAAGAUAUCAAGGUGUACUUCACACAACAUAUCGUUGUUUGGGGUGAUAAGCGUUAACUCCCAUACAACGAUAUUGUAAUACUAUCCGUAUCAUGAAGUGAUAAUUGAUAUAUUGAUACAUCUCAUAUCAAUAUUGAUAUUAUCGCAGCAUAAAGCCAUGAUACGUUAUUGUGAUACUGCCUGAGGAUACAGCAGGUUAGCUUUAUCGUUCUAUUGGCUAGAUUCACAAUGUGAAAAAAGCGAAUACUCAUAUUGACUUAACCAUAUAUGUCACGGCAUAGGUUUUUUACCCCGCCUUUUACGUCUCGCUACUUGACGAUAUCUUUGAAAAGUGUUUGUCAGGUUUUAAACUUCUCACCCUGUUCCCACUAUUGCGGAAUACAGUGUUCCCCUGCCGCGAAUAUUGAAAAUGUGUAAGUAAUUGACGCCACCCUCAAAAGGCGGCAACCACUACUUUUGACUAAAUGAAGCUCCACAACUCACUUCACCAUUGUUCCUUCCACUAAUCGGCAAAUUGCCGCAUGCCGAAAUGCGAAAAUACGGGGGUUCACUGCACUGGUAUUUCUAUUUUUGCUUCGUACACUCGUGAUACGAUAUCUUGAUAACGCACCACGAUACAACAAUAUCUGUGAUGGUCGGUCUAUUAGAGAUAUUCACUACAAUCGACAUGAUACUGAUAGUAUUGCGAUACCACCGUUGCGCGAUAUAAUAAGCAGAAACGAAAUUUUGAGAGAGAUUUAAAACCUGGUAAUAAGUGUGACAUCAGACAAUAACAAUAUCAAGAUGAUAUUGAUACGAUGCAGUACAGUAUCAUUAUUUUUCAGAGCAGACCGUGGCCUCUUUCACAGAGAGAUCCCACAUCGGAGCCGUAACAGAAAAAACAUUUAUCCGGGGGUGCCUUCAACAUAGAACCCAACGAAGUCAGGAUAUUGCAGAUGUGCUUUCACACAGCUUCACGGCAUUGCAAAAAUGCUGGGUAGGGUUUAUACCCACCCAAGCUGGCUUGUACUGACCGAAGCCUCUUUCACACAGAGAUCCCGCAAAAUUUCUGCCAUAACAGAAGAACAUUUUUCCGCCAGUGCCUUGUACACAGAACCCAGUGCAGGCGUGGUAUUGCCCAAACUUUACACAGUUAUGCGGCAUCCCACAAUCAAACGUCAGUGACGAUCGCUUUCAACACAACAGGGCUUCCCCAGCAUUCUCUUACCACACGGGCGCUGUCCCGCCUCUGUUACGGCUCCGAUACGAACUCGGGAAGCGGAAAAUGUCUGCGAGAAUGUCUUAUUUUAUUCCUUGUUUUUAAACAUAAUGGAGGGUUCCGCCAACUCUCCGUUAGAAUUGUACAUUGCACUUUUUGAUAUCGGGCCACCGUUAUUUUUUUUUUUUUUACCCGACAUGCCGGAUAAUCAGCGGAUAUUUUUCUAAUAUUUUUUUUUUACACACGUGAGAGUUUCACACAAAGUUUUCAGAGCAAUACCGGCAACUCCUCCUGUUCGGGGUACCCUCAAAUCCAUUCCAGUCUGUUGACAAGUGGCCAAAGAGAAUGUUGAAGCACAUUCAAGUGUUGUUGUUGUUUAUUUACCGCAGGAGGGGAUGCGUGCACUCCCCUUUUACUUUAACAGUAUUCCUCUUUGUUCUCCCCGCAGCCUCGUUCUACGUUAAUGGCAGCUUCUAAAUCCGAUGCAGUCCAAUUUCAAUCACGUCAUUGCCUUUAUUUUACUUUGUACACUGUAUAUGAAACAAAGCAAGUCACCCCCCCCCCCCCAAAAAGGGGGGGAGGUGGGUUUGUUUGACACUUUUGGAGGAACGAUCAAAUGUUUUUAUUUCACCCUUGUCUGUGCCUUACCUGCUUGGAACAAUGAAUUGCUGAAACUCUUAUAUGGAUAAAAAACUAUAUAUAUAUAUAUAUAUAUAUAUAUAUAUAUAUAUAUAUAUAUA